CUGGCAUCGCGAACGCUACCCACCAACACACGCAGUUUCCUAAAGAAAAAAAAAGUUGGUUAGAAAAUUUUAUAUACUCGGCAUCUACUUCGGCGUGUGUGUCUCUGUGGUGCCAAGUGAGGAUAGCUGGUGUGCAGUGCACUAACAACACCAUUGGAUUGAUGAAGUGAGGAACACUGAUGCCUGUCGACGUGCCAGUGGAUUAUUCGCGUCUGAAGCUGUUAUGCAUCUUGGAGGGUCCGGGAGAAGCUGUGCUUUCACACGCUCUGAAAUGUGGCACAAACAAGACCGCUUCCGUCAACCUCGUAGACUACCUAAGAAACCUCCCAGAAACUUCGACGGCCAACUACUGCGUGCUGAACGGUGAUAAAAAAAGGAAGGCGUUUACUGGCCCUGAGAAGAGACAGAUUGCAGAUGAUCCCUCAUGCCAGACAUUUGAUAUGACAUUGCUCCACAAGUGUAUAAGACUCGCCUGUGAAAAUGUUGCAGGAUUCAGUGAUCCAAGUUGGCAAGAUGAUAAUGUAAUGGAGGGUUUGAUCACUAAGAUAAAGCAAGAAAGAAAUGUCUUAGUGCAUGAGAGGCCUCAGAUGACAGAGGAACACCAGCUCCUUGAAAAAGUCAAGGAGCUUGAGAGCCUCUUCAGCAGAUCCCUUCGAGCUAUUAAAGACAAGUACGGAGUCUCUGAGGCUGAGACCACAAACGUCAGAGACAGCAUUACAAGGAAGAUGCAAGAUAUAUUGCAGGCCUUUACUGAGAAAGUAUUUUUAGAAAUGAGCCUUAAGAAGCGGCUUGAUUUCUUUAAGAAUGAAUCAGUGGGUCAUCUAAGAAAUAUCUAUAAAAAAUCAGAAUUUUUUGAUCCACUGUCCUUUCUCAGUGGAUCGCCAGAAGAACGGGUACAUAUCCAAACUAUAUUCUCAAAACCUGUUCUUAAACAGCAACCGAAAGACAAUGAAACUGACUUUUUUGAUGUAUUGAAAUUCUUAAGACCAAAUAUUCAAGGCUCGCAAUUUUCACAUGUUCAGCCACAACUUGUUGUAGUCAGUGGGCUGGCUGGAAGUGGGAAGACCACCCUGCUCACUUUCAUCUUGUCAGAGUGGCUUAAAGAAGAUUGUGACCGCAGCGUCAGACACCUGGAGGAGUAUAACAUUGUCCUGCGCAUUAUGUGCCGGGAUAGAGAAGCCGAGACUCUGCAAGAGUUUCUGGAUCUGGUCCUCCCAUCUAGUCUAUCAGUAUUUAAUGAGCCUUUCAUGAGCUUUCUAAAGCAUUGUAAAGUGCUCUUCCUGAUAGAUGGAUUGGACGAGCUUAACAACUCCUCUGAAAAACUCUUGAAUGACAUUCUCUUAGCAGGGAAAUAUAACAGAAAUUUCUCAAUUCUCGCAACCUCACGUCCGGAACGAGUGAACGACUUCUUGGCAAACACGCGAAGGGACUAUCAGCAAUGGCACAUAUCUAUCGAGGGGAUUCCUGUCACUGAGAGAAUUAACUUUGCAUUACAAUACAGCACCUCCACAAACCAAGAUAGGUUGAGGGAGCUGAUAGCAACAAAAGGUGAUAUGAAAUUAUUUCAGCUUCCACUUAACAUAUUAUUCCUAGUGACAUUAUUUCAAGAAAAUCCUAAUUGUAUUAAGGACAACACGACACAGUCUAACUUAUACACCAACAUCCAUGAAUGGUGCAUAGAAAAGCUGCACAACAGAAUAUCUGUACACGCGAUAUGGGGGAGGAAGAAACCAGAGACCCGCAAAGUAAGAAUAAAAAGAGUGCUGAAAGAGAUGUACCAAAUGGCUCUACAAGGCCUGCUACAGGACAGACUGAGUCUCGCAGACGAAGACAUUGAACGGUUGGCGGAUUGUUGUGAGAAAGAGGACCUGCCGAGCCAGGAAGUCCUGGGAGCCUUCUUCAAUCUGCGAUCGUCCGUCACCAACAGAGUAGUCCGAAGACAAUACUACAUACCACAUAAAGGAAUGUUAGAGUACUUUGCUGCUCAACAUAUCAUGCACUGCCUUCAGGAUAGAUCUCUCCCAAAUUCAGGAGCUAUAAUCUGCCUGUUGCGUGACGCCAUUCAGCCAAAGACAGAGGUUUUACAUAUUCGGAGUCUUCGUAACCUAUUCUGGCAGUUGGCAUGCCUCUUGAGCAAAGCAGACUUGCCAAAACGCUCCGAGACUAUAAAGGAAGUGAUACACCUACUCGCGGAGACAGGCCUAAGGUGGCGUGAAUGGUUAUCACUAGUGGAAGACACAUUUUAUGAAGAAAGCAUUCUGCACGGCAUCGCUCAUCGUGUCACAGAAAACCCUCCUGAUGACAAAUUAUUAAUAGAAAACACAACGUUGGCCAGCGCUGCGGCACUGCUCCCGCGUAUUCCCGCAACAACAGUGAUAUUACGACUGGAGAACGAAAAAGUGAAUGUGAAGCAUGUUGGAGCCUUGACUGGUCACCGUUUUAGAACGCUGAAUCUGUGGCACCAUUUCAAGAACCCUGGCCAGAUACCAGCCUCGGACUCCGUGCUUCGAGCCAUAGAGAGAAGUCACCUCAAGGAUUUCACUGGUCAUCUGAGUGGUGAUUGCAUGGUGCUGCUCCCUGAUAGCCUUGAGCUGCUGUUCCUGGUCGUAUCUAAUGAUGAGCACGCUGGCAGCCUCCUAGCAGCCCUCACCAAAGCAGCCUCAUCUCUGCCUAACCUAGGAUGGCUAGUUAUACACAUUCCCAUGACGAUGGUAACACCACAAGCGGUUCUUUCACCAUUGCCUAACAUCAGAAGUGUGGUCCUGGUUUUGUCUGGCGUGGACAGAAGCCUGAUUAAGGAAGCUUGUCAAGUGGCGGCGGCUCUCCAACCUAGGAAUAGAGGACUUCUUCCGUCAUGGGAAGCUCCUCUUGCGAUGCUGGUGUACUUAUAGGAUCCUGCAGGAUUCCUGGAGAUGGGGAAGGUUUUGGUCUGCGCCGAGAAUGUCUGUGCUGAUGAUGUCUUCGCCGAGAAUGUAGCUACGACAACCAAAUAAGACCGAGAGGAAACCAUAUAAUUAUGUCAGGUUUCGCCCUAAAUCUUUUAAGUCUCCUCUUUUAUAAAAGGAGAAGUGAAUAUUAGGAGUGACAGGCUGGUUGAGUAAAGUGAGACCAUUAGGUGGUUGGAUGCGAGUGUUUUUGGUGUGUCACCCUAAGUUAGUCCUAUAAGCAAUGCCGGCUCGCUCCUCCGCUGUCCUCACUACCCUGCCACUGUUUGCCGUUUUCUCCGUCUCAGUGUCCGUUCACCACUUUUCUUUCAACCAAUGUUUAUUGAUGUUGCACUUGACACUGGAGUUAAAUAUUCGUAUCUCAUUAAGCUGCCACCAAAUGUUCAAGUGGGGUUGAAUUAUCGAUUACCCCUGGACACUGAUCAUUAGUUUCUUACCUUUAUGAAGUAGGUAAAGUCACUCGUGGUGAGUUUCUGUGGUUUUUAGGUGGAUAUCAAAGAUGAAGGUAUAAAAAUAUGUAUAUUUAGAUAUAUGUACAGAGUUCUGGGAGAAGGGUGUGGCAUGUACGGGACGAAGGAUGUCCUCUACGUGGUACAGAGUUACACCCUGGCGAG